CUUCUUAUAAUUGAUUGUCAGAUAAAAACAGAACACUUGAGGCCAGUUUGGCAUCAUUAGAAGAAGGUUCAUUACAAGCACAGCAACACAGGAAAAAUUUAGAAGAGCAGCUUAAGGCGAAAACAAAAGAAAUGCUAACAGUAAAGGCUCAAUUUGAUGGUGUUAACAAAGAAAACUUACACCUGAAGUUGCAACUUCAAAGUACAAAAGAUGAUUUGAAAUCACAAAAGGAACAGUUAGAGAAGAGCGAAACUACCACAACACAAUUAAAAGAGCUUCUAGAUCAAAUGUUUCAGCAGAAACAAUUAUCGGAUGCUGAAUUAGAUGCAUCACGACAAAGUUGUCUGCAGCUGACUGAGCAGGUCCAGCAACUACAUAUGUACGAGGUGAUGUAUUCUGAAGCUUCCCAACAACUAGAUUAUCUUAACAAUACUGUGGUGCCACAGAAGGAUUCUGCUAUAGACCAAUUGCAACAAAAAAUAACAGAUCUGAUCGAUGAGGUGGCGGUUUUACAAAGAAACAA